AUGGCACAUUAUCAUUUGCGUAAUGUUUGCUUGAGUCUGACUUGGACUCACUCAGACACCAUGAUACUCAAAGCGUUGAUAGUUUGUGUUCCGUUCGUUCUUGUUAUUUGCGAAGCAAGGAAUAUCUCUGAAUCAGCUCCUGACAUUUGCCCCCCCGGAUGGAUGCGUUGGAAUAACGCGUGUUACUACUUUGCAAAUGAUUCUGUCUCAAGCCGGGUCGCAUGGCAAGACGCUCGACAGGCAUGUCAGAGAAUCCGUGGAGGAGACCUUGCCAGUAUUCACAGUGCUGCGGAGAACGACUUUAUAACACGCCAUGUCUCAGGUGCUUGUUGGAUUGGACUUAAUGACCUCAGAGCAGAAGGCAAUUUCCAAUGGUCGGAUGGGUCAUCAUUUGUUUACCAAAAAUAUAGCAACAAAGAACCAAAUGAUUUCUAUGGCCAAGAAGACUGUAUAGAAAUUAGGUCGUGGUUAGCAGGUAGUUGGAAUGACUUAAAUUGCGGUAUCGACCUGUGCUACGUCUGCAAGCAGACCAAGAAAACCAUCAUACCAAAUGUGAAUCCUUUGGAACCUAAACCAACCCAUGGACGAUGUGAGGAUGGCUGGAUGAACUAUGAAAAGAGCUGCUACCGCAGCGUGUCAGAUCCUCUUCUUUCUUGGCAGAAAGCAAGGGAUGUUUGUCGAAAUAACACCAGUAUGCAUGGAGACCUUGUCACAGUGAAUAAUCGGCAAGAACAGGUAUUCUUAAAUACUAUCACUCGAGAAACCAGCACUGAUUUUUGGAUUGGCCUUAAUGACUUGAUCUCGGGGGGCAUAUUCCUCUGGACAGAUAACAGUCCUCGCAAAUAUACUUACUGGAAUGUCAGUGAACCAUCAAAUAAUAAAGAGUCAAUGGAUUGCGUACUCAUGAAUCCUCAUCAAGAUGAAGGAAGAUGGAGGACUGCGUCAUGUAAUCAGAGGAAUGGGUUUAUCUGUGCGACAGAGGCUCUUCCAAUUCUUCCAACUCAUGACCGACCGCCUGGUGAGCUUUUUUAAUUUGUUAUCAACGUAACCCUCCUAACGACGAUUUAAAGGAAAGUUGAAUUUAACCGUGACCGUUGAUUGUGCUUUUUUCU